GCGACGGGAGAGCUUCUCAUAAACAUGUUUGGUUUGUUCCGCAUAGACACAGGGCUGACCGGUCUGAAGGAGAGCGGCUCGGACUCCACUGGAAUCUAGGUGGCAGACAGGCAAUUAUGGGCUCCAUAUUUCGCAGUGAGGAGGUGUGCCUGGUGCAGCUCUUCCUUCAGUCCGGCUCUGCCUAUAACUGUGUCAGUGAGCUGGGAGAGCUGGGCCUGGUUGAGUUCAGAGAUUUAAAUCCCAAUGUGAAUGCCUUUCAGAGGAAGUUUGUCAAUGAGGUCAGACGAUGUGAAGAACUUGAGAAAACCUUCACCUUCCUGGAGCAGGAGAUCAAUCGCUCCCUGUCUCCACCCUUGCGAGGUCCCCUCCCCCCUCCGUGCCCGACACCUUUGGCCCCUCAGCCCCGUGAACUCAUCACUAUAGAGGAGGAAAGUGAGAGGUUGGCCAGAGAGCUCAAAGAGGUGUCCAGGAAUAGGGACAGCCUCCGGGCUCAACUGACCCAGCUCUGUCAGUACAGAGGAGUCCUGAACAGAACGCACGCUCUCACAGCCUCACAGGCACCACUAGCUGCACUGGAAAGCCAAGGCCUGUUUGAAAACCGUCAAGAUGUCCGCCUCAGUUUUGUGGCAGGAGUGGUCCAUCCUUGGAAAGUUCCCUCAUUUGAGCGGUUGCUGUGGCGGGCAUGUCGGGGUUAUAUUAUUGUGGAUUUUAGAGAAAUGGAGGAUCGACUCGAACAUCCGGACACGGGAGAAAUGGUGCAAUGGACAGUGUUCCUCAUUUCCUUUUGGGGAGAUCAGAUUGGCCAGAAAGUCAAGAAGAUAUGUGAUUGCUUCCGCACACAGACAUUUGCAUACCCUGAGAGCACUGCUGAAAGGGAGGAGAUUCUUCAAGGACUUCAAGGCAGAAUUGAAGAUAUCAAAUCAGUGUUGUCACAGACUGAGGCCUUCCUGCAGCAGCUGCUGAUGCGGGCAGUGGCCGUCCUGCCUCAGUGGAAGGUGCGGGUUCAGAAGUGCAAAGCGGUCCAGAUGGUUCUGAAUCUUUGCAGCCCCUCUGUCACUGACAAAUGCCUGAUUGCUGAGGCCUGGUGUCCUGUUGCCAAGCUGCCUGAUCUGCAGAAUGCUCUGAGAGAGGGCGGGAGGAAGAGUGGCAGUAGCGUUGAUUCUUUCUACAACCGCUUGCCUUCCUCCACAUCUCCACCUACUCUGUUUCCCCUCAACACUUUCACCACGGGUUUCCAGAACAUUGUUGAUGCCUAUGGAGUGGCCAGCUACCGUGAAGUUAAUCCAGCGGUGUACACCAUUAUUACGUUCCCCUUCCUGUUUGCUGUCAUGUUCGGGGAUGUGGGUCAUGGUUUGCUAAUGACCCUGGCUGCUCUCUGGAUGAUCCUUGAGGAGAAAGAUCCAAAACUUAAGAACAACACCAAUGAGAUCUGGAAGAUGAUGUUUGGAGGAAGAUAUCUAAUUCUGCUGAUGGGGCUGUUUUCUAUCUACACGGGGGCCAUUUACAACGAGUGCUUCAGCAGAGGCCUCAGUACCUUCAGCUCGGCGUGGCAUGUCCACCCUAUGUUUGAGAAAAACCUAUGGAAUUCGUCAGUCCUGGCAAGGAACCAGUAUUUGUCCAUGGAUCCAGUUGUGCCUGGAGUUUUCACCAGCCCCUAUCCAUUUGGGAUUGACCCGGUUUGGGGUCUGGCCAACAACAAGCUGACUUUCCUCAACUCGUACAAGAUGAAGAUGUCCGUCAUCAUCGGUAUCAUUCACAUGACUUUUGGAGUCUGCUUGUCAUACUUCAACUACAGGCACUUUGGCCAGAUGAGCAGUGUGUUCUUUGUGCUGAUCCCAGAGCUGUUCUUCAUGGUGUGUCUGUUUGGCUACCUGGUGUUUAUGGUGGUCUUCAAGUGGAUUGCUUACACCCCCGCCCAGUCCAAAAUUGCUCCCAGUAUACUUAUCCACUUCAUAGACAUGUUCCUCUUCACAGAAAACCCUGACAACCCUCCACUUUAUAAAGGACAGACGGUGGUGCAGAAGAUCCUAGUGGCGCUGGCUCUGUGUUCUGUCCCAGUCCUCCUGCUAGGGAAGCCCAUAUAUAAAUACAUCACAUUCAAGAAAAGACGUGAAGCAGAGGAAGACAGACGUCCGCUGGUGGCUGGUGACAGCUCUGUCAACGCUCAACAAGGGGAGGUGGAGGGAGGUGCUACACAGGAGGAGGAAUUUGAUGCUGCAGAUGUGUUCAUGCAUCAGGCCAUCCACACCAUAGAGUACUGCUUGGGCUGCAUCUCCAACACCGCCUCUUACCUCCGACUCUGGGCUCUUAGUUUGGCACAUGCACAGCUGUCAGAGGUUUUGUGGGUAAUGGUGAUGCGUCUUGCCCUGAAGUGGCAGGGCUACCUGGGAUCUGUAGUCCUUGUGGUGAUUUUUGCUUUCUUUGCUGUGUUGACUGUCUCCAUCCUACUCAUUAUGGAGGGUCUCUCAGCGUUCCUGCAUGCACUCCGUCUGCACUGGGUGGAGUUUCAGAACAAGUUCUACAGUGGAACAGGAUACAGGCUGAGCCCUUUCUCUUUCUCAUCUCUGAUCAGUGCAUCAGCUGCUACAUGAUUGGCCAAGUCUUUUUUUAAAUUCCUAAUAAUGCCAAACGGUUACUUUAACUUAAUGUGUAUUAUUGACUACUUGGACUGCACCACUAAUCACUCUGUAUUAACAAUAGUAUUCCAUUGCCUGUAGGCUAUGACUUUUAAAUGACUUGCACAGUGAUCAUAAUGGUAUAGACUAUUAUUUUUGCAUUGUUAAAAUGAAAAUGAGUCCCUGUAUAAUGAUUUACACUAUAUGUUUGUAUCCCCUUGCUGCGUUAAUCACGUGUUUCUAAUUACUCUUUGAGAAGGUCAAGAAAUAGUAAUAAUUUACUUUUCACUGUAUAAAUAAUUUUUAUGGGCAUCAGCUAUGAAAAGGGAAAGCACAUCAAAUAACAUAAGGGAAUAGAUGACUGUUGAAUUGGUUUAUUGUACCUUUAAUAAGCCAGUGCUGUGGAACUCUUCAAAUGGUACCUGGGAAUUAUCUGAAUGACUUUUAGUAGCCAAAGAUACUUUCCACUCAUUCUGUUGUCUUCCAUUUACAACAUAUGACAAGGUAUUUAUUGGCGGUAAAAGUAUUUUAAUGUGCCUUACUGGGACUAUGUGCUUGUUUUUACCAGCAGUUUAUGGAACAUGUCCUACCAUUCAUUAUCAUGUCACUAGUUUGACAAACACUCUGACUUUAACUGUGUUUGGCUU